GAAAAGACCGAUAUACCCCUGCAUUUUCGUUGAAUGACAUAGCAUAAACCGAUUGGCAUAUUCCAUUCUGGUCCCCUUGCCUUACCCUGGACCUGCAGCUUCUCCUUUUCUGCUUCUCGCGCUACACCUAUUUCCGAUCCGAAUCUCAUCAAUCGACCAAUCAAUCACCCAAUCAUGGCGACUCCUGAGGUUGUUCUGCACAGCGAAGAAGGCCUUCUUCUAUCGUCUCCUCUCCUUGAUUCCCGAAAGGGAGAGAGUGCCAAAUCCCGUCGGCAAUCGAUUGAGACAAAGAUCGAGUUUAUUGAGAGCUUAACCGGAACAGUCAGCAAUCGACGAUCUCGAAGAUGGCUAAAUGAUCGUUUAUUAAUGGAACUUGUUCCUCGCCUAGAUGCGGAAGAAAUUAGAGGCUUGUUCGCACCACCACCCUGGGGUGAUGACGUACCACUCUCACCAUUUUGCAGGACUAAUGGGGGAGAAUGGGACAAGUUUAGGAAUAUAGACAUGGAUAAAGAGGCUAAUUUGAUUGAUGCCUUAAACUGCUCAUCUACAAAAAGGAAAGCCCAUGUUGAUCCUGAUAAGAUGGCUGUCUUAAAUGCAUGGCGUAGAGUCAACUGUCAAACUAGGGAGGCGCUUCGACGUAGUUUCCUAUCAGAACUUAUAAUGGGCUAUGAGGAAUCUGUGAGAUCUUUCAUUCAGGAGAGUGGAGAUGGAGACAUCCUUGUGUUGCGAGUUCAAGACCCGUUCCACAGAUUGUUGCUGCAUGGUGUCUGUGAGGUGGACGCGUUCACUGACUCGCCCUUCAAGGGAAACCCGGCAGCCGUCUGUUUAUUGGAGGACAAGAGAGAUGACAAGUGGCUGCAAGCCGUGGCAACCGAAUUCAAUUUCUCCGAGACCUGUUACCUGACUCGAAUCGCUGAGUCCGAUGAUACAACCUCAAGCCCCAAGUUCAGUCUCAGAUGGUUCACUCCUGCCACAGAGGUAAACCUUUGUGGUCAUGCAACACUAGCAGCUGCGCACACUCUCUUUACAAGUGGUUUGGUGAAUUCUAGCAUAAUUGAGUUUGAAACACUCUCGGGAAUAUUGACAGCCAGAAGGGUUCAAGAAAUCAAGAAGUCGGAUGUCUUGAUGCAGCAAGGGGAAGCACAAGAGGGGUUUCUUAUUGAACUGGAUUUUCCUGUUGUCCCAGAUGCGGAAUUCAACUAUGCUGAAGUUGCAUCAGUUUCUGAAGCCUUGAAUGGUGUCUCCAUAAUUGAUAUAAGGACGACUACUACAUCAAAUGACCUACUUGUAGUGUUUGCAUCAGGUGAUUCUGUUAUUGAAUUCAAGCCACAGUUUGACAAGAUAGAGAAUUGUCCUUGGGGGGGAAUUAUGGUUACUGGGCUUGCUCCCCCAGACUCUGAAUUUGAUUUUAUCAGUCGAUACUUCUGUCCAAAAUAUGGAAUGAAUGAGGACCCUGUUACUGGUGGUGCACACUGUAUCUUGGCACCCUAUUGGAGCAAAAAGCUUGGGAAGAAUGAUCUUACUGCAUAUCAGGCAUCACCUAGAGGCGGAAUACUAAACAUUCAUGUGAAUGAGCAAAACCACCGAGUGCUGCUACUCGGGAAAGCUGUUACUGUGAUGGAAGGCUCUCUUUUGGUUUAGGUUUGUAGUUGGCCUCAUGCUUGUAUGAUCAAAUUGAAGCUGUUGUUCCUGGAUCUUUAUCUGUAUUGUAUUAGAAUUCUAGUUUGAUGCACUGCACUCAUUACCACAAAGUCGUGUAAAAGCGAGUAUAAGAAUAAAGAAUCGAGUCACUAGUGUGUUGUAUCCCUUGACAUUUGCAUUUCAAUUUACUGUGUGAAUUGUUCAAAUUGAUACCAAAUGGAUCAUGUUGAGACUAGUCAUCA